CCUGGGUAGGACAAUGAGACCCGAAAAGCUGAGGGAGGAGGCAGAAGAUACCGGUUUUCCAGCGGACAGAAUUUCGGCCGCAGCAUCCGACUUCUUGCCCCUCCAACUUCCGACAUAUUUUUGUCUUGUAUCAAUGUAAUACAACUCCCUCCACCGACCCAAGGGAUUGUGAAUAUCAAGACGAUCUACGAUUUAUCCGUAUAUAUGAGCGCGACGAGAGUAAUCCACAAUGCGCCGGCGACAAUGUUAACUUCUCCGCGGAUUGCCAGUUCAACCAACGCUUCUCCCACCACCUUUCAUUAUGCUCCGACUCACGUCCCCUCGUCUCCACAACCUUCUCCAUCGCGCGUGUCUGCCUCCUUGAUAAGGCGACGCUCUAUAUCCCCAUCAUCCUCACUCUCCAAGACCUCUCCUUCAUUACAGCACUCGCCGACAACCCCCUCACGCCAGCAGCCUCAGACGACCCCCCCGCCCAAACAGGCACAACCGGCGCAACCAAAACGCUAUGUGGCUGUUGAUGCCGGCACGCAGUAUUCCCCGAUGGAACCCACCACUACCAUAUCUUCCACCGUUGCCGGCCCUCGAGCCGACGAGGUGACGAUAGCAGCAUCGGCUUCUGCAUCAGGAGCCCCCGCGACCUCUCACUCGCAGCCGACAAACCCGACAAUUCCGGAAUCCCGCCCGACCAUCCUAGAACCUUCACCAUCGGCGUCGACUAUACGGCAGCAAGGAGCUGGGAAUACCACACCGUCGCCAGGCAAGCGGCGCGCAUCGCAAGGACAUGACCCUGCGCCACCGCCCAAUCUGUCCGCGUAUGCUGGGUCCGAAGGAUCAAGUUCAGCCAAACGCCAGCGCCCGGCGCCCCGGCCACAUAAAAAUUUGCCCCUAAAAUAUGAGUUCUGCGAGAGGGAAGAUAUGGUAAUCUUGAUUGCACACAUGCUCUCCGAGUUGAUCGAGACAAACGACGCCCUCGCCUUGCGCUCGGGCAACCUAACAAGGUUUCAUUCAAGAACUGCGCCGAGUAUCUCUGUGCUGGAAUACCUUAACCGGCUAGCGAAACACGCGACUCUAACACCGCCGCUCCUACUCUCCAUGGUCUACUACAUCGACCGGAUGUGCGCCCUGUAUCCCGAAUUCACCAUCAAUACCCUAACAGUGCACCGGUUCCUCAUCACAGCGGCAACCGUGGCCGCCAAGGGUCUGUCCGACUCAUUCUGGAACAACAGCACCUACGCCCGCGUUGGCGGUGUACGCGUCGCCGAGCUGAAGCUGCUCGAGCUCGAGUUUCUCUACCGCGUGGAGUGGAAGAUUGUUCCCAACCCUGACGUUUUGGUGGCAUACUACCGCGGGCUCGUCGAACGGUGCCCUGGUUACGUACUGGAAAGCGAAAAUGAAACCGAAACCGAAACCGAAACCGAAACCGAGCGACCCCUCGUGGCAGGUGAGGAAGUAGAGACAGAGGGAAGUUCAACGGAUAUAUCAGAUGACAUGGAGGAGAUGGGAGAAUGAUCAAUCGCAUCGGAAGGGCAUCUCAUCGGCAUCGGCCCCGGCCACCUCAUCUGGUUCUCCUGGGCCAGGGAAUUAAUCACAUCAAUCACAAUAUGCGCGAGCGACGCCUCCUUUGCUUGUAUUUAUUGAACCGGCGCUUGCAUGACGCCCUUAUUUGCCCUUCUAGGGGACGACGGGGAGGAAUCGUUACGAAUUUCGAGGGAUGGGGAGCAGGAAAUGGCGUACUUGGGGAGAAUAGAUGGGAAGCAAUUUUUCAUACGACG